AGGUAGGGGCUGAGGAGACCCUGGGAGGAGCCCUCUGGGGAGGGACAUGAUUUCCACUUGCCAGGGAGCUGCUCUCAAUGUGUCAAGACAGAAACUGCAGGGCGGGAAGGGAGAUCUCACUGCCUCAGGGCCUUUGUAGUUGUUGUUCCUUUGGUCUGGAAUGCUUGCCCCCUCAGAUGACCACACAGUCUGUCCUUACUUCCUCCAAGUCCCUACUUCAACCUCCCUCUUCAGCAAGGCACCCCCUCAAAAGAUGUUCUUUCUGUGGCCCUAUUCCUCACCUGAAAUUUCUUGUCAGUCACUGUUGACCCCAAUGGUGUGUGCAUUCCAAGAAAACAGGGAUUUAGGGGCUGCGUUUUCACUUUUCUGGCUCCAACCUGGCAUACAGCAGGUGACCAAUACAUGCUUAGUGAACAAAAGACAACAGUUCUCAUUUUUUUCAAUACUUGUUCAGGGCCAGGCCAUGGCCAGGUGCCUUCUCUGUGAAGAGUGGAUGCCGUGGUCAUGGUGGACCCCGUACGUCUACCUUGGUGCUGUCUCCCUGCAUUAACUCCUGCAGGUCCACUUUCCCACAGUCACCAGGAUCUUUUGUUUUUAUGGAAUCACACUGCAUCACCCGUUUUCAGGAGUGAAAACACUCCUGUGGCCUUUCCUGACACUAGGGUUAAAACCCUCCGGUUCUCCGUUCCUGCAGUUCCUUCCACCUCAGACACUGUGUUGAGGGCCAGAGCCAGUGAGAUCUUCCUAGUCAUCUAGACCCAGGCUCAUGGCCACCCCUCAGAGAGGCCCUCCAUACCGGCCAUUCCAAACGCUUGCAUUAUUCCUAGGAAAGGGAUGUACUGGUACAGCAUGAGGGUGUUUGUGACCUGUGCCCUUUGGUCAGACCCCAGUAGAGUGCCUUGGUCCCUGUCCCCAGAGACUGAACACAGUAGGGCUACAUCAAAUAUAGAUGAAUGCAUGGAUGGGUGAUAGAGCUAAGAGCACUGUCAGCUCCUGGAGGUCCUUGCUCUGCCGGACACACUUAUCUUUGAAAUUCUGACGCCCAGGUCGUCUCUACGGACUUCAUCGGUGAUAGUCACUCGUCCAUCUUCGAUGCUAAGGCCGGCAUUGCGCUCAAUGACAAUUUCGUGAAGCUCAUUUCAUGGUAAGGGGAAAGGAGCUGGAGACUUGCAGGGGAACUAAGGGGUGGUCGGAAGGAACCUCCUUGAGCCUGCCAAUCCCUCCUGCACAGGUACGACAACGAAUAUGGUUACAGUCACCGGGUGGUCGACCUCCUCCGCUACAUGUUCAGCCGAGAUAAGUGAAACGGAAAGGUCCCUUCUUUCCUUCCCAGGGGCCAGGGCCGGUACAUGUGCCUCCCGUUCCUGCAUCUGGCUGCCCGGGGGAGGAAGGGCACCCGGGGCGGACGCCCCAGGCCGCUGGGUCCAUGGUGCAAUAAAAAACAGUGCUCACAGCUGCGUCCCGUAUUUCUGCGCCGGUCACGGCGGGUUCUGAUCCGGGUUUGAGGCCCGCCCCACCCUUACUCGAUCGCCUGCGCCCACGGGCGAGGGGUCGCGCUUGACGCCAAGCCGGGUUCCACUUCGGGAGACAGGGACAGCGAUGGCAGCGGGAGAGGCCCCGCAUGGCAGGAAGCCACACCCCACAGCGCUGGGCCGGGAGCGCUGGCAACCAGGCCCGGUCACGGGCUCUCUGACGUCACUGGGCGCGACACCCCGCGCCUGGACUACCGAUCCCAGAAGGUCGCGCGCGGGCCCCCGCCAGUCAGGUGGGCGCCAGGCCCUGGCCGUGGCGAAAGUACCGGCGGAGCCGGAGACGCCGCCUCGCGAUCCCGGCGCGGGCGGGACCGGGCGGCCGGCGUCAUGACCCUGUUUCACUUCGGGAACUGCUUCGCUCUCGCCUACUUCCCCUACUUCAUCACCUACAAGUGCAGCGGCCUGUCCGAGUACAACGCCUUCUGGAAAUGCGUCCAGGCUGGAGUCACCUACCUCUUUGUCCAACUCUGCAAGAUGCUGUUCUUGGCCACUUUCUUUCCCACCUGGGAAGGCGGCAUCUAUGACUUCAUUGGGGAGUUCAUGAAGGCCAGCGUGGAUGUGGCAGACCUGAUAGGUCUAAACCUUGUCAUGUCCCGGAAUGCCGGCAAGGGAGAGUACAAGAUCAUGGUUGCUGCCCUGGGCUGGGCCACCGCCGAGCUUAUUAUGUCCCGCUGCAUUCCCCUAUGGGUCGGAGCCCGGGGCAUUGAGUUUGACUGGAAGUACAUCCAGAUGAGCAUAGACUCCAACAUCAGUCUGGUCCAUUACAUCGUCGCAUCUGCUCAGGUCUGGAUGAUAACACGCUAUGAUCUGUACCACACCUUCCGGCCGGCUGUCCUCCUGCUGAUGUUCCUCAGUGUCUACAAGGCCUUCGUUAUGGAGACCUUCGUCCACCUCUGCUCACUGGGCAGCUGGACAGCCCUACUGGCCCGAGCAGUGGUAACGGGGCUGCUGGCCCUCAGCACCUUGGCCCUGUAUGUCGCCGUUGUCAAUGUGCACUCCUAGGCUUCGUGUCUCAGAUAUUGAUGUACCCUUUCCCUGCCUCGCUUCAGGUUUUAGUGAAGUAAACAGUAUUUGGAAAGUU